GCGGCGCUGCUCCGUUCUUUUCAUCGCGGUGUGUGGGAGCGGCCCGGCCCCGCCUCUUUCACCUCAGCCCCGGCUCAGAUUGGACAGAAUCUCUGUGGAGGCCUUUGUCCUGCAGGGAGCUACUGCUGUGGUAAGGGUUGCACACCUAAAGCGUGACCCCUGACACUGAACAAUGGGGAGACCCAGGAAAAACCCUGAUAGCACAGCCUCACCUCGUCAAGCUGCAACUGUGCCCAAAGCCACCCCAGCAGCACCCCGUUCCUCUGCUGCCUCUACCCAGGCCAAGACAACACCCACAGCCAGCCGACCUAAGAGUGCUCAGGCUGCUGGGAGUUCAGGCACCAGCAGGGCACAGACAGACAAGCCAACCAGCAGCACCACUGCCAGAAGAGCUGGGCAAAGCUCUUCCCAAUCAAGGGCCACUGCAGCACAUGGCAGUGAUCAAGGAGACACCAAGAUAAGCUACGGAGUGACAGCUAAGAACCCCACAGUAACUAGUAGAGGGAAACCUUGCUCCACAACAGCUAAAGCACCUGCUGGUGCUGACCCCUGCCUGGGAGGGAGUCAAUACAGCCGCUCUCAGGCCAGUACCACUGACCAGGGCAAAGCAAGCAAAUUUCCCUCCCUGCUGACAAGAGAAGAUGUAGUGAAAGUGGAGAGGGAAACCCGAGGCCAGAGGGAUAAUCCCAAGUGGUACGAGUGGCGGGAAAACCGAAUCACAGCCUCAGUCGCACCCAGGAUUGCUAACAGCAAGUUUGUCAAUGGCAAGAGCUCAGAGGUGCCCCAGUCUUAUCUCAAGGCUGUGGUGAGCUCCGGUUCCAAAAUGCAGACACCAGCCAUGUCCUGGGGCACCCAAAACGAGAAAAAGGCAGUGCAGGCAUAUGAGGAGCUCCAGUCCAGGAGGACAGGUAAGCCUGUGAAGGUGGAGGAGUGUGGCCUCUUCAUUCACCCAGAGAAGGAGUGGCUCGCAGCCAGCCCAGAUGGAAUUGUCAGAGAAGCAGGUACAGGGAAGCUACUGGAGGUCAAGUGUCCCUAUAAGCACAGAGACAAGACAGUGAAAGAGGCCUGUAAGGACAAAGCCUUCUGCCUGGAAGCGAAUGGUGAAUCCUACUCCUUGAAGAGAGACCAUCCCUACUACACUCAGACGCAGUGUGAGCUGGCAGCAACAGGCUUUGACAGGGCUGACUUUGUCGUUCACACCAACAAAGAUACAGUCAUCACCUCAGUGGACUUUGAUGCAGGGUUCUGGGAGAAAACUGAGCCCAAGCUGGAGAAGUUCUACACAGAGGCUGUGAUUCCCCACUUGGAGAAGAGAAGCAACUCGGUUUGGGCUAAGGAAGAAUAAAGUAGCAGGGACAUCUGGCUGCUACCCCACCUGGGACUUGUCUUCACCAGCUGCCAUGAUAAAUUAAUGGACUAUCUCUGGCUCUGCCCUAACAGAACUAUGGGAUCUAGAACAUGCCUGCUGAGCCUAGACUCUUCCUUCUAAUUUAGAUUGUAAGCUCCAUGGGGGCAAGGAUAGUAUGUGCCUUUGUGUCCUAGUGGCAUGGAGAGACAGCCAGUGAUGUAAUGGUUCUGUCCUAGCUGCAGAACAAAUACUCUGGGCAUUUGGUGGUGUGGCAGUGAUGCGUGUGCAGACAACUUCACUGUUCUCUCAACAUCUGCCUUUGAAUUUAUGCCAGUGGCUGGAUGCUAGUGCAAACUACCCUAUUUGUAGGGAAACUGGUUGUCAUACUCAGCCUGUGGAGGGAGUGGGGUUCCAUUUAAUGAGCUUGAAUACAAGUACUGGACUAAACUUGAAUUUUAGUCCCCCAAGGAAUCCUUGCUAUUGUCGGUGGCAGGCUUUUUGAAGAUAAAAGGUAAGGUAUGGCCUUUAGGGUAGUGGUUCUCAAACUUCUUUUUGGGUGACCUCUUUCACAUAGCAAGCCUGACACCCCCAUAAAGUAAAUACACAAGUGUUUUUACUUUAACACCAUUAUAAAUACUGGUGGCAAAGUGGAAUUUGGAGUGGGGGUUCACAAGCUGUCAGCCUCAAGUUUGAGAACACCUGCUUUACAGGGUAACUAAACUUGUAGUUAUGUGCCUUAGUGUCAAUGCAUCAUCACACACAGCUGUUUCUUCCCAUACUAUCUUGUAUUCACUCCCACCCUCUUUCCAAGUGAGGGUAAUAGCUGCUCAUUUUAACAGGCUAACUGCUUACAUUUUAAAAUAUAGUUUAGCUUUAGCAUCAGUCUUGCCCCCACAAGAAUGUGGGGGAAGGGGCUUACAUCUCAGCUAUUCUUUCAAGGGUGACCAAGUAAAACGCUUUUUUUGUUAUGGAAGUUUAUUUCUCUAAUAGCAGACCAUAUCAUGCAUAACAGUAGUAUGGGGAGGUGCCUUGAUGUUUGAAAUCACUAUUUUGUUCAAAUCAAUCUAAUCCUGUUUUGAU